CUUCCUUCAUCGUGUCAGUGUAUCAAUCUCUCUAAGGAUCUCCUUUUUCCCAGUAAAAGCCAGUAGAACCGGCUGCUUCAAACCCUAAACCCUGCCCCCUUUUCCAUUUUCACUCUCAGGCACAGAACACAUCGAAAGCCGAAACCCAACCCGCAAAAUUCUAGGGUUUGUGUUUGCGGUUCCAUAAUGUCUCAGAACGGGAAGCUCAUCCCCAAUCUCGACUAGCACAGCACGAAGCUCCUCAACCUCACUGAUCUUCAGCGCAUCGAUCCGUUCGUCGAGGAAAUCCUCAUCACCGCUGCACACGUCACCUUCUACGAGUUCAACAUCGACCUCUCCCAAUGGAUUCGUUCCUUUAUAAUCUCCUUCGUUUCAUCUAUUCCAUUCUCUAUCUCUCUCUAUCUAACGCUUUCUCUCUCUUCUUUCUGCGAUUACCGUUUGCAGAGUCGCAAGGACGUCCAGGGAUCCCUCUUCGUUGUCAAAAGAAAUAAAAAGCAUAGCUUGGAUCUACUAAGUCAUCAAGAACAGAUGAAAAGAUUCGGACAUCACCUUAAACUAUUGUUCAAUGAUAAGAAACCAUCACAAUCUCAGACAAAACAACUCUGCAGAGGUUUCUGUCAGGGGACUAAGUUUGUUUCUCCAAACCAAGAUGAUUUUGCUGUGAUUUCACCAAGAAUUAAACUCAGAGAUGGGAGGCACCUGGCUUAUCUUGAGAGAGGGGUUUCUAAGGAUGUGGCAAAGUAUAAGAUCAUCAUUGUCCAUGGUUUUGGAAGCUCCAAAGAGAUGAACUUUCUCGCACCCCAAGAACUAAUAGAUGAACUAGGCAUAUAUCUACUGCAAUAUGACCGAGCUGGGUAUGGAGAAAGUGAUCCAAAUCCCAAACACUCGCUCAAAAGUGAAGCACUUGACAUUCAAGAACUUGCUGAUCAGUUAGAGUUAGGGCCACAGUUCUAUGUCAUUGGAGUCUUAAUGGGUUCAUAUGCUACAUGGAGUUGCCUUCAGUACUUACCCCACAGCAGAGAAAGAAGAACAACUCGAGCAUGGCACAAACGCUAGUGAUGCCUAUAGCUCCCUCUCUCGCCCUAAUCUCAAACCCUAGACCUCUUUCCAGAGCCGUCUAUUUCCCUGUUCUCAACCCUCCCAAGGUAA